UAGCUUUGAAAGCAACACAAAACUCCCACCUCUAUCACAUUUAUCACACUGAGAGCACCCUUCCUGGUGAACACACCAUCUGCGGACAUUGCAGGGCAGCAGUCAUGUGCACGAUGAUGAACGUGAUAACAGCUUUAGCUCUUUCUUGUUUCUUUUCAGGCUGGAUUGCUGUCUCAGGUUCUGAGUUUCAGACCUCAGAGGUGCAGGCAGGUGAAAAUGUCACUCUGCAGUGCACCAAGAUUUUCACAUAUGACGUUAUGACUUUCUGGUUCAGACUGGUCAACGGAACCACAGUCAACUCUAUCGCUUUUAUGCAAGCGUCUAGUUCAAAUGUUAACUACAAUGAUGGAUUUAAAAAUGGAAAAGUUGAAAUGACAAAAACAACCUCUGAUGUCUUCCUCAAAAUCAAACAAGUGGAUGUGUCUGACUCUGGGCUGUAUUUCUGUGGAUUUGUCUCAGAAGGACGUCUAAAUUUAAGCGUCAUGCAAUUAAAAGUUGGAGGCACCGAUGAGCCUGAGGAUGACAUGGACUGCAUCUCUAAACAAGCUCACGAAGUAGCAAAGCUGACGAGUGUCACCCUGGGUGUUCUGUCUGUUUUCCUCUUAAUGCUCAUCACUGGUCUGGCUGUUCAACACGGGAAGACACCUAAAGAACAAGAAAAUACGAAUCCAGAACAAUUUGAGAAUCUGGACCCUGGCACCCUGAAGGAUCCAGCACUGCAAUCAGCAGUAAAAAGACGCGGGAGGCCUGCAGCACAAAAGCAACCAGAAACUCAUGUUAUUUAUACUUCCAACAGAUAGACUCAUUUUCCUGUUUGACUAUGUUCGUGCUGCUUCCUGUUUUAUUUCUAUUUCCUGUCUACUUUCGGCUGCAUCUGCAUCCCAUCAGCCCCUAUUUGUUUUGUUUGCUACAUAGACUGCCUUCCACUGUAUGCAGGAAGCUGCUGUACACUGUCCUUCAACAGAUAUGAUCAGACACUUUUUUUCAGUAUGUGAUUCUAGAUUUUUUUGUUGUGUUUACCUCAACCUCGAACCAGCAGGAGACAGAGAGCCUGCAGUUGAGAGAGAAGUAAAAUUCAUGUUGUUUAAGCUGCCAGCAGAUAGUAACGUGAUAGUAAACUUUAAAAAGAAGCUGUGAAACCUAAUCUACUUGUUUUGAUUACAUAAUGUCAGACUUUGAAGACUUUUAGAAGAAUAAUGACAAUUAUUUAAUGAAAGUGAUUAAAACUGCAGCCAUGCACCCUUUGAAGACAAAUGUUGCAGGUAACGGACAAAGUCUGCACCAAAGGAAGAUUUCAGCACUAACAACAAAUAUGAAAUGACUUCAUUACUUCAAAUACUAAGAGAGACAUUAUUUACAAAACUCUCUUCUUGCUUGUAUAGCCGGUGUGUUUCUGCGUUGUGUCUGACAAAGAAAGGUAAAAGAAAGAAAGACCUCCAAGUAAAUAACUUGCUCGCUCCAGCUCCUCUCCCACAGGGGGAUUGUAGAAAAAUGGGAGAGGCCAAAGGGGGACACUGUAUUUAUAGGGUUGCACCAAAGAAGAAGAACAAUGAGGAGGGGCUCUAACUGAUAAUGAAUAUAACUACAGGCUUGAAGGUCCUAACAGUCAGGUAUAAAGAACAUAUUUUGUGUAAUUAUAACAAUAUGUAAUCUAUGACUGGGUUACACUGGUCUUAUAUGAGUAAUGCAAAAACAAAAAUAAUUAAAUCAUUGGAGCUAUGGUAUAAGGUAUGUUUCUCUGAAAUUAAUUCCAUCAGGUUUUAUAUAAAACUCAAACAUGAUUUUAGUUUGAAUACAAUGACAUUUGUAAUUGUUUCACAGUUUCUAGUAUCUUGUAUGAGAAAAGAGAAGUUUUCUUUCCUGACAUUUGAACAAACAGAAAGUUUGUAGCAACACUGUUUAUCAACUGCUUUUAGCAUUGCAA